UUCUUUUUUUUUAAAAAAUUAUACUUUUCCUCCUUAAAAAUUCUCUCUUAAAUCACCUUAAAAUGGAAAACUCAAUCAUUCUUCAACAAUGGCUACCAGUGGACAAUCUCAACAACCACCACCCUAUAAACCAUACCGCCUCCAUAAAAUCCUCUACCCUCACAAUAGAGCCAUUUCCUGCGUCAAAUUCUCCAACAAUGGAGAACUUUUCGCUACUGCUUCUCUGGACAAAACCCUAGCCCUUUACUCUUCACAAACUCUAACCCUAAUUUCCAUUUUGUCCGGCCACACCGAAGGAAUUUCUGACCUUUCAUGGUCUUCUGAUUCUCAUUACAUCGUUUCAGCUUCCGAUGAUACCACUCUUCGCAUUUGGGAUGCGCAUGCUUCUUCUAGCGAUUGUGUUAAAACCCUAAGAGGACACACUGGUGUUGUAUUUUGCGUUAAUUUUAAUCAACCUUCGAAUUUGAUUGUUUCUGGGUCGUUUGAUGAGACGAUUAGGGUUUGGGAUGUUAAAACGGGUCGGAGUAUUAUGAAUAUAACUGGGCAUUCGAUGCCUGUUACUUCUGUUAGUUUUAACCCGGAUGGGUCUUUGAUUGUUUCUGGUUCUCAUGAUGGGAGUUGUAAGAUUUGGGAUGCUGCUACUGGUUUAUUGUUGAAGACAUUGAUUGAUGAUAAAAUUGGAGUUUCUUUUACUAAGUUUUCACCUAAUGGAAAGUUUAUUCUUAUCGCCACUUUGGAUAAUACUCUGAAGCUCUCAAACUACUUGACGGGAAAAUUCUUGAAAAUUUAUCAGGGCCAUGUCAACAAAGUAUAUUGCAUAACUCCAACGUUCUCCGUGACAAAUGGGAAGUAUAUUGUGAGCGGAUCAGAAGAUCACUGUGUUUACUUGUGGGAUCUUCAAGGUAGGAAUUUGAUCCAAAGACUCGAAGGUCAUACUGACACGGUGAUCUCUGUUUCAUGCCAUCCGAAGCAGAACAUGAUUGCUUCAGCAGGCUUGGACAAAGACAAAGCUGUUAGAAUUUGGGUUCAGGAGCCAUGAUCUCUCAGACAUAAUUUAUCGUCUUAGUUUAUUUUAACUUUUAGUGAUUCCAUGUCAAUGUGUAAAUGAAUUCAUAAACUCCCAAUAGUUUGUUUUACUUUUCGACUUGCGAGUUGAGAUAAUUCAUUUCUUUAGUUGUAUCAUCAUCUGUCUGCGAGGAUCACUCAUGGAAAGCCUAGGCUUCUAUGUGCCAUGUUGGAUUUUAUACGUAAAUUAAAUGUUAUAUAUGCUCACAAAAUUUCAGUUAUUCAA